AGCAGGCGUUCCAGCCCUCAUUCCUUUUUCUUCCUUUCAUUCUCGAUUCCGAGUAAUUUUUUCGCUCUUAUCUUUACAAAAAUGUGUGGAAUCUUUGGUGUUUACCAGUACCAGGGCGAUGUUGAGGCAUUCCGCCAGCGCGCGCUGGAUCUGUCCAAGAAGCUCCGUCACCGCGGUCCGGAUUGGUCGGGCUGCAUUGUGGCUGGCAAGAACAUCAUCUGCCACGAGCGGUUAGCUAUCGUUGGUGUUGAUUCGGGCGCGCAGCCCCUGACCAACGAGGACGAGUCCAUCGUGCUGACGGUCAACGGCGAGAUCUACAACCACAAGCAGCUGGAGGCUGAGCUCAAGUCGCCGGCCAAGUUCAAGACCCACUCUGACUGCGAGGUCAUCCUUCACAUGUACAACGAGAUUGGCACCGACGUGUGCGCCAAGCUGGACGGUAUGUUUUCGUGGGCGCUGUUCGACCGGCGCACCACACCCGCGCGCCUGGUCGCCGCCCGCGACCCGAUCGGCAUCACCACGCUCUACAUUGGCCGUGUUUCGGCGCACCCCGAGACGAUCUUCAUUGCGUCCAGAGCUCAAUUCCACCGCUACUUCCAGCCUGACUGGUGGAACCCCGAGCGCAUCGCCGUCAACCCGAUCAACUACCGCGAGCUGCGUGAGUCGCUGACGGCGGGCUGUCUCGACUCGUCGCUGAUCUCCAGCAUUGCUGUGCGUGAGGCGGCGACGCAUCUCGGCCGCUGGCCCAGUCCGAUGUCGAGGACGUCGAUACGCGCGGUAUGCGGUACUUCCCCCGUAUGCACUCGUUCUCGAUCGGCCUUGCCCGGCGCACCGGACCUGAUCGCCGCCCGCAAGGUGGCCAAGUUCCUGCGCACCGCCCACCACGAGUUCACGUACACGAUCCAGGAGGGUCUGGAUGCCGUUGCCGACGUCAUCUACCACCUGGAGACAUACGAUGUCACCACCAUCCGCGCGUCCACGCCCAUGUAUCUGAUGUCACGUAAGAUCAAGUCCACUGGCGUCAAGAUGGUGCUGUCUGGCGAGGGUUCCGAUGAGGUGUUUGGUGGGUACCUGUACUUCCACUACGCGCCGUCCGACGACGAGUUCCACAAGGAGACCGUCAAGCGCGUCCAGAACCUGCACACCAGCGACUGUCUGCGUGCCAACAAGUCUACCAUGGCCUGGGGCCUUGAGGCUCGUGUGCCCUUCCUUGACAAGGAGCCAUUAUCCGUCCGUGCCUUCGACGUCACCUACCCUGAUGCUGGCUUCACUGAGGAGGAGCUCGCCCAGGGCCCGUACCUGCCGCACGACGUGCUGUGGCGCCAGAAGGAGCAGUUCUCGGACGGUGUCGGCUACGGCUGGAUCGACUCGCUCAAGGACUGGGCCGAGCGUCGUGUCUCUGACGCGUCCAUGGCCGCCGCCAAGGAUCGCUUCCCCGAGGACACCCCCGAGACCAAGGAGGCCUACCUCUACCGCGAGAUGUUUGAGCAGCACUUCCCCCAGAAGGCAUGCCUGGCCUCUGUCGUCAGGUGGGUGCCGCGCACUGACUGGGGCUGCAGCGCCGACCCCAGCGGCCGUGCCCAGAAGAUCCACGAGAAGGCUUACUAAAAUGUUCUUUUGACGUUUGCGUUAAAAAAAAGUUUUCUACUGCAGAAUACGCGUCAGACGCUUUGCGUGCCUCUGCACAAACUCUUGAUGCUCUGCCUUCAGCUUCUCCUCAAACUGUCUGUUCCUUGACUGCAUCUCCUUCUGGAACUGCUCGCGCUUCUCCCUGGCUGGAUCCACAGCCAGAAUAGCCUUUAGCGUCUGCUUGAGCUCGUCCGCUGUCUUGGAUACUUGAUCUUUUGCUGCAUUGGCUUGCUCAGCACACGCUGAAAUGUGGUGCCCAUAGGAAUCGACACCCUGCUUCGUAGCCAUCAGUUGUGUGCUUGCUUGCUCCAACAGCCGCGUAGCUUCGGAAAGUCUGUCUGUCUGCGAUCCGUCGACU